UCUUCCUUUUCAGAUCUAUUCUUCAUCCCUUUUGCUCUUCCUCGUCUUUGAACCGUUUCACGAUCUGACCCCUAAACAAUCAAUACAUCUUCCACUUCGUUCUUCAUUUACUCUCAUUUAUGGAUUCGCUUUGCUUUUCUCCUUCGGAUUUUGUUUAUAAAGCUCUUAAUCCGCCUUUUCUCCUUCAGUUUUUCUUUAUACAACUCUUAAUCCGAAUCUUAUUUCGAUUAAGCUUCGUUGCAAUGAGUUCCAACGGAAAAUCCAUCUCCGAGAAACCAAACCGCGUUGAAGCUGAAUCCGCUCCCGAACCGAUCAACCCCGUUGGAACACCUUAUGUUUCUUCCAGCCAUUCAAUCGGCGAUCCCCACUCGAAGCAAUCUGAAGGCGAAGCGUCGUUCACCUCCUGUCUGACCAAACUCAGCGGCAAGACCGCUGGCUCUUCCGGCGUCUUAAACGGCUUACCUAAAUCGAAGAACCCCAAUGGUAUGAUCAUUCACAGAGCGAAGUCUGUUGUUUCUUCAGGCGUUAGGGGCAAAGCCGCUGUCUCCUUUGGCUUCACGGGAAAAGCCAUUGUCACCGCCAAAGUUGGUGAAGUGAUGACUUUCAAAGAUGUGAAAUACGGAACUCAUGAUGGCGAGUUGAGGUUUCGGUUGAUCCAUUUUUGGGAAGCUCGAAAUGUUGUUACGAAGGUGCUUAUCGGUGUCGAGAUGCUUCUCAUCGACCACGAGACUGUCAUCCAGGGUUUAUCCCAGCUGGGAGGGUAGAUACUUAUUUGCCACACAUGAAAGCUGGUGGCAUUUACAGGCUCAACAAUUAUUUCGGGUCUAACAACAAGAUUUUGUAUCGUGUUGCGGAGCCGAGUUUCACCAUCACCUUCUCAACUACUUCUGUCCUCUCUGAUCUAGAAGACAGUCCACUUUGUUUCCCCGAGGACCGUUUCCAGAUCCAUGGAUAUGAGGAGUUCGAUGCUGCAUGUGACUUGCAAGGGGAUCUUUAUGAUUAUGUUGGCCACAUCAAGCUUGUGAAUGGGCAGGUUCUCAGUGAUAUUCUCGUGCUAGAUGAUGCCGAGAUAGCUGCAUCACGCCGCGUCCUGCUUCAUGUUCAGACACAUGAUGGUCCGGUAAUGAAGUUGUACCUAUGGGACAAGGCUGCCUCAGACUUUAGUGAGAAAUUUAAAGCAUCUGGAGGAACCGCACGUGUUGCUUUGGUCACUACUUUAAACCCGAAACGAUUUGGAGGUGCUCUAGCUCUCUCCUCUAUGACGCCAUCACGUGUAUUUUUGGACACUGAUGUUCAAGAAACCAAAGAGUAUCUCGCUUGGAUGGAAGCGAACUUAGCUGUUGCCAACAGAGUGAAUGCAGACGUUGUCACUAAGGCUGGGACAGUUUCCAUUGGCGACCUAUUUUCCUAUAUGAAGCAGGAAGAUGCCAAGGUUGCUUGGUUUGAGUGCAUAGCAACCAUUGGUGAUGUUGUGCACGGUUCACCCUCGUAUUACAUAGGCUGUGGUGUGUGCCACACUAAGGCAACCAAAGGGCCUACAACCCUUAUGUGUAAGAAGUGUGGGAAAACCAAUAUUGUUGGUGUUGCACAGUACCUGGCCAAGAUCUCCGUGUAUGAUAAUGAUGAUCAGGCAUCUUUUGUGCUCCUCGGUGAUGCUGGACAUGAGUUGGUUGGAAGGAAAGCUUCAGAGUUGGUUGCAAGAUAUUUUGAGGGAAACGAGAAUGUAGAAGAUGACCACUUCGUUCCGGUGCCUCAGGCUCUUAUUGAUACCAUUGGACAGACUCGCAAAUUCAUUGUGAAGGUAUCAGAUCACAAUUUGACUGGCAAGACCCAAACUCUGACUGUGACAAAGGUCCUCACCCCAGAAGUCCAAGAAGUUGAAGGGAAUUUAGAAGAGAAUAUGAUUGUACCAGAAGCCCAGAAAACUUUGCAGAAUGGAGUUGCUGAUGAUGAGCUUUCCACAUGCGUUGGCAUGGUGAAAAAGGCUGCUGAUGAUGUUGAGGCAGAAGAUCCCAAGCGAGCUAGAUGUGGCUAGGAUGUGUUAAAUCUUAGUUUUAUGGUUACUAAAACUUUAAGCUUUGGUUUUUUUUUUUUGAUCUCAGACUUUGUUUUGCAACAUUAACUAUAUUUCUUAUAAUCUAUUUUGUCUCUCCUUA